GUCUUUGUUCGAUUGAAGUUUCGCAAGUGGUGAUGGUAAUCGGAGCAGCAGCGCGUGUAGCAAUCGGCGGUUGUCGAAAGCUCGUCUCGUCACAUACCUCCCUCCUCGUCUCUUCUCAGUGUCGCCAGAUGAGUAUGGACGCACAAAGCGUUUCUGAAAAGCUCAGGAGUUCUGGUCUAUUACGAACUCAAGGUCUGAUUGGAGGCAAGUGGAUCGACUCCUAUGACAAUAAGACUAUCAAGGUUAACAAUCCGGCAACCGGUGAAAUUAUAGCUGAUGUUGCAUGUAUGGGAACAAAAGAGACUAACGAUGCUAUUGCUUCUUCUUAUGAAGCAUUUACGUCUUGGAGCAGGUUGACUGCUGGAGAGAGGAGCAAAGUUUUACGGAGAUGGUACGACCUCCUGAUUGCACACAAGGAAGAACUUGGACAACUUAUAACUUUGGAGCAAGGAAAACCACUAAAGGAAGCCAUAGGAGAGGUGGUCUAUGGGGCAAGCUUUAUUGAGUACUAUGCGGAGGAGGCAAAACGUGUAUAUGGUGAUAUCAUUCCUUCUAAUUUGUCUGAUCGCCGAUUGUUGGUUCUAAAACAGCCUAUUGGUGUUGUUGGUGCAAUCGCCCCUUGGAACUUCCCCUUAGCCAUGAUUACUCGGAAGGUCGGCCCUGCUCUUGCUUCUGGAUGCACGGUGGUUGUUAAACCAUCUGAACUUACGCCCCUAACAGCACUUGCUGCAGCUGAGCUGGCACUUCAAGCUGGAGUUCCUCCGGGUGCACUUAAUGUGGUCAUGGGAAAUGCUCCUGAAAUUGGGGAUGCUUUGCUUUCGAGUCGACAGGUGAGAAAAAUCACGUUCACAGGAUCAACAGCAGUUGGGAAGAAGUUAAUGGCAGCUGCUGCACCUACCGUCAAGAAGGUUUCUCUAGAACUUGGUGGCAACGCACCCUCCAUUGUAUUUGAUGAUGCUGACCUGGAUGUAGCAGUAAAAGGAACGCUUGCAGCGAAAUUUAGGAAUAGUGGUCAGACAUGUGUUUGUGCGAACAGAGUACUUGUGCAAGAUGGUAUUUAUGAUAAAUUUGCUGCGGCCUUUUCUGAAGCGGUUCAAAAAUUGGAAGUAGGAGAUGGCUUUAAGGAGGGGACAACCCAGGGUCCACUUAUAAAUGAUGCAGCAGUGCAAAAGGUAGAGUCAUUCAUACAAGAUGCUGUUUCCAAGGGAGCAAAAAUUAUCCUUGGUGGCAAAAGGCACAGUCUAGGGAUGACUUUCUAUGAGCCUACUGUUAUCCGCGAUGUUUCGGAUAACAUGCUCAUGUCUAAGGAGGAGAUUUUUGGGCCCGUAGCUCCCCUUAUUCGGUUCAAAACCGAGGAGGACGCUAUCAGACUCGCUAACGACACAAUUGCAGGACUUGCUGCUUAUAUAUUCACAAACAGUGUCCAAAGAUCCUGGCGUGUCUUUGAAGCACUUGAAUACGGACUUGUAGGGGUGAACGAAGGACUCAUAUCAACAGAGGUGGCUCCAUUCGGGGGAGUGAAGCAGUCUGGUCUUGGAAGGGAAGGAUCCAAGUAUGGUAUGGACGAAUACCUCGAGAUCAAAUACGUAUGCUUGGGAGAUAUGAAUAGACACUGAUUUGGUUUUUGUUUAAAAAGCUUUGGAAAUUGUAAGUUCCUUUUCCUCCACUCAUAUCCUUGUAAUAAAAGCUCAGCCCUUGGGUAUUCUUUCUUACUGUGGAACAUAAUAAGGAUCUGGAGGAUACUUGUUAAGAAAUAAAGAUUUUGGUCUGCG